CAUUACAAUUCAACACAAUUCCAUCUUCAAAAAUAUCCUCACUCAACUCACUCACUCACUCAGCUACACCAAUGGCGGCGGCGGUGCUACCCUUCUUUCUCAUCCUCUUUUUCUUCACCGCCCCCGCCAUCUCGUGGCGGCCGUGGCCCGAUUCCCCGCGCAACGCCACCGCGGCUCUCUUCGACGGGUCCAAGAAAUACGAGGGGUCGUCGGAAUUCGUGAAGAUGAAGUACCACAUGGGCCCCGUCCUCACCGGCAACAUCACCGUCUACCCCAUCUGGUACGGCGCGUGGCGCACCCCCCAGAAGCGCAUCAUCCGCGAGUUCAUCUCAUCCAUCUCCGCCGCCGCCUCCCGCCCCCCCUCCGUCGCCUCCUGGUGGCGCACCGUCCAGCAGUACACCGACCAGACGGGCUCCAACAUCUCCCGCUCCGUCCGCAUCGGCGCCGAGAAGAGCGACCGCUUCUACGCCCACGGAAAAACCCUCACGCGACUCUCCGUCCAGUCCGUCAUCAAGUCCGCCGUCUCCGCCUCAACGCGCCCCCUCCCAAUCAACCCCCGCGGCGGCCUCUACCUCCUGCUGACGUCGGACGACGUCUACGUCCAGGACUUCUGCAACAACGUCUGCGGCUUCCACUACUUCACCUUCCCGUCCAUCGUCGGCUACACGCUCCCCUACGCCUGGGUCGGCAACUCCGCCAAGCUCUGCCCCGGCAUCUGCGCCUACCCCUUCUCCGUCCCCAAAUACAUCCCCAAUCUCAAGCCCGUCAAGUCCCCCAACGGCGACGUCGGAGUUGACGGAAUGAUCAGCGUCAUUGCGCACGAGAUAGCCGAGGUCGCCACGAAUCCGUUAGUUAACGCCUGGUACGCGGGGGGCGACCCCGUGUUCCCCGUCGAAAUUGCGGAUUUGUGCGAGGGCAUUUACGGAACUGGGGGCGGCGGGUCCUACACGGGACAGAUGAUGAACGACGGACAGGGCGCCACGUAUAAUAUGAACGGCAUCCGACGGCGGUUUUUGGUGCAGUGGGUUUGGAACCAUCUCGUUAGUUACUGCACUGGCCCUAAUGCCCUUGAUCACUAAAUUAAUCACAUCUCAUUUCUCUCUAUGGGAUGUGUACUAUUUUUCUUUUUUCUUUUUCUUUAAAUUUUAAAUAGUACUCCUACUCCAUUGCUAUUUUGGAUGGUUGAUUAUUAAUCAGAAAUUAGUUGUGACUUCUUUACUUCUA